UAGCAGAUUCGCGCUAUUGCGUCCGACUUGAGGGUGAGCAGGCUUGGGGAAGCCGGCUGCUUGUGAUACGUUUGAACAUGACGGAUCGCAAAGGAACAGCUAAGGUUGAUUAUCUGAAGAGGAUUGAAAAGGAUAUCCAGAAAAAAUGGGACGAAAACAAGUUGUUUGAAAUUGAUGCUGUAGACCCAGGGAGUGCAGAGAGUAGUCAGCCAAAGUACAUGGUAACUUUUCCCUAUCCAUACAUGAAUGGGCGACUUCAUCUGGGGCAUUCUUUCUCUUUGUCCAAAUGUGAGUUUGCUGUAGGAUUUCACCGUUUAAAGGGAAGAAGAUGCCUGUUUCCUUUUGGAUUACAUUGCACUGGCAUGCCCAUCAAGGCCUGUGCUGAUAAACUGAAGCGGGAGCUGGAGCUGUAUGGUAACCCACCUCAAUUUCCAGAGGAGGUCGAGGAGGCGGAAGAGACACCAGCAAAAAAUCAGGAAGAAACUGUUAUAAAGGACAAGGCAAAGGCCAAAAAAAGUAAAGCUGCUGCUAAGAGUGGUGGAGCUAAGUUCCAGUGGAUCAUCAUGAAAUCUCUGGGUCUAUCUGAUGAAGAGAUUGUGAAGUUUGCAGAGGCUGAAUAUUGGCUUGAUUACUUUCCAGUGAUGGCUAUCCAGGAUUUGAAGAAAAUGGGAUUAAAAAUUGAUUGGCGACGCUCCUUCAUCACCACCGAUGUAAACCCCUUUUAUGAUUCAUUUGUGAAAUGGCAAUUUGUGAUUUUAAAAGAAAAGAAGAAAGUCAAGUUUGGUAAAAGGUACACUAUUUAUUCUCCAAAAGAUGGACAACCCUGUAUGGACCAUGAUCGACACAGUGGAGAGGGUGUAGGUCCUCAAGAAUACACACUAAUUAAAAUGAAGAUCCUUGAACCAUAUCCAGCAAAACUAAGUGGCUUUAAGGGAAGAAACAUUUAUUUGGUGGCAGCCACGCUGAGACCAGAGACCAUGUUUGGUCAAACUAACUGCUGGGUCCGCCCAGACAUGAAUUAUGUUGCCUUUGAAACAGUAAAUGGGGACAUUUUCAUCUGUACAAAGCGAGCAGCAAGGAACAUGUCCUUCCAGGGUUUUACCAAAGAGAAUGGAGAAGUACCUCUGGUUCUGACAGUUAUUGGCGAGGACAUCCUUGGUGUUUCACUGAGUGCUCCCUUGACAUCCUACAAGAUUAUUUAUGCUCUCCCCAUGCUCACCAUUAAAGAAGACAAAGGCACUGGUAUCGUCACCAGUGUUCCAUCUGAUGCCCCAGAUGAUAUUGCAGCUCUCCGCGACCUAAAGAAAAAGAAGGCUUUGAGGGAGAAGUAUGGAAUUACUGAUGAAAUGGUCCUACCGUUUGAACCAGUUCCUAUAAUUGAAAUCCCUGGGUAUGGGAAUCUCUCUGCACCAACAGUGUGCGACGAACUGAACAUUCAAAGCCAGAAUGACCGGGAAAAGCUUGUGGAGGCCAAAGAGCGUGUUUACCUGAAAGGCUUUUAUGAGGGGGUAAUGCUUGUAGAUGGUUACAAAGGGCAGAAAGUUCAAGAAGUCAAGAAACCAAUUCAACGAAAAAUGAUAGAUAACGGAGAAGCCAUGAUCUACAUGGAACCUGAGAAGCAAGUUAUAUCUAGGUCUGCUGAUGAAUGUGUUGUAGCACUGUGUGACCAGUGGUACCUGGAUUAUGGUGAAGAAAGUUGGAAGAAACAGGCUGUAGAUUGCCUCUCAACUCUAGAAACGUACUGUGAGGAGACUAGAAGGAACUUUGAAGCCAGCCUUGAGUGGUUACAGGACCAUGCCUGUUCAAGAACAUAUGGCCUUGGUUCUCGACUGCCAUGGGAUGACCAAUGGCUGAUAGAGUCUCUCUCUGAUUCCUCAAUUUAUAUGGCAUACUACACUGUUGCCCAUCUAUUACAUAAGGGAUGUUUAAAUGGUCAAACCUCUGGCCCAUUGGGAAUCAGGCCAGAACAGAUGACCAGAGAAGUUUGGGAUUAUGUGUUUUUGAAGGCUGCUCCAUUUCCAGAGACUGCAAUUCCAAAACAGAAUCUAGAUCAAUUGAAAAAAGAAUUUGAAUAUUGGUAUCCUGUAGACUUAAGAGUCUCUGGGAAAGACUUGAUUCCAAAUCAUCUCUCCUACUACCUGUAUAACCAUGUAGCCAUGUGGCCCAGUGAUAGAUCAAAAUGGCCUCGAGCUGUAAGAGCAAAUGGACACUUACUACUGAAUUCAGAAAAAAUGUCUAAAUCUACAGGGAAUUUCCUUACCCUGAGUGAAGCUGUAGAAAAAUUCUCUGCAGAUGGAAUGCGCCUUGCUCUUGCUGAUGCUGGUGACACUGUGGAAGAUGCAAACUUUGUAGAAACUAUGACUGAUGCUGGUAUCCUGAGGCUCUAUACUUGGGUGGAAUGGGUUAAGGAGAUGAUUGCGAAUCGUGAGAGCCUUCGCAGUGGACCUGCCAACACCUUCAAUGACCGAGUCUUUGCCAGUGAGAUGAAUGCUGGCAUUCUGAAGACAGAGCAGCAUUUUGAGAAAAUGAUGUUUAAGGAAGCUUUGAAAACGGGUUUCUUUGAAUUUCAGGCUGCAAAGGACAAGUACCGUGAGGUUGCUGUGGAAGGAAUGCACCAGGAUCUGGUCUUCCAUUUCAUUGAAAUUCAGACUCUGCUGCUGGCUCCAAUAUGUCCCCACCUUUGUGAGCAUAUCUGGGCACUUCUAGGCAAGACUGAGUCACUGAUGAAGGCAAGCUGGCCAGUAGCUGGACAUGUGGAUGAAAUCCUCAUUCGUUCAUCUCAAUACUUAAUGGAAACUGCUCACGAUGUUCGACUCCGUGCCAAGAAUUAUAUGAUUUCUGGAAAAUGCAAAAAAGGAGAUCCAAAACCAACACAGAAGCCUUCUCAUUGUAAUAUCUACGUGGCGAAGAACUACCCUCCAUGGCAACACGCUACACUUCAGUUGCUGCGUAAUCACUAUGAGAAAAAUGGUGGUCAGCUGCCAGACAAUAAAAUCAUUGCAGGUGAACUGAAAGACCUACCUGAGCUGAAGAAGUAUCUGAAGAAAGUCAUGCCCUUUGUUGCUAUGAUCAAGGAAAACCUGGAAAAAAAUGGGCCUCGAGUCCUUGAUCUGGAGCUGGAGUUUGAUGAACGUAGUGUCUUGAUGGAGAACAUUGUCUACUUAACAAAUUCAUUGGAGUUGGACCAUAUUGAUGUUCUGUUUGCAACAGAAGCAGAUGAUAAAAUCCGAGAAGAGUGCUGCCCAGGAAAGCCAAUUUUUGCCUUUAGAACAGAGCCAAGUGUGCCCCUUUUCCUGGUAAAUCCUCAGCCAGCAAAUGGACAUUUCUCUACGAAGAUUGACAUCCGACAGGGUGAUAAAAAGGAUGCUGUAAUUCGAAAACUCCUGAAGAUUGACAGAGGUAUCAAAGAUCUUGCACAAGUGAAGCUGAUGAGAUAUGAAGACCCUGUACUGGGCCCACGACGGGUUCCAGUCCUUGGGAAGGAAUCUGUGGGUAAAGUUGCCAUUUCUGAGAAGGCAUCCUUUCACAUAGACCUGACUGCAAAAAAGAUCCAGCUGAUUGACAAUGGCUUAACAGUUGAUGUGGGUGAUACUUUAAUCUACCUGGUUUACUGAUACACAGCAGAAUUGACCUUUUUAUGUUCACCUUAGUUGUCAAUUGAAAUACUUCUGUAUUGACAUUGAUACUUUUGCUAUUGCCUUUUCAAAGCAAAUGUUAUACAUUUUACUAUAUAAUUGAGUGAAAUAACUAGAAUAAAGUGAAAUAAGGCUACUGACAUCAUCAUGUUAUUGAAUUUUUCUUCGCUGUGUAGUUUGCCAACAUUGUGUUGUAUCUGGACAGCCUCAAACUUGAGUUGUUCGGUGCAGAAAAGAGCAGGUUCUCGAAAUGAAAAGGAUAUUGGUCUCUUGGAACUUGCCAUUUGGUGUAAACAACAUGAGUAGCAAACUGGCAGUUGUGAUCUAUCUAGUCUAUUCCACGUGACACCACCUGUAGCUGCACUAGUGCAACAUCUUUAGGUAAUGUGUUCCAUGUUUGUUCACCAGGGCAUUAUAAAACAAAAUUUGACACACAGCCACAUGUGGACAUAACCAGUCAGAUGAUCAAAAGCAUGGUCUUAGUGAUAGAUUUUAAGCAGACUGUGAAGAAGGUGAAGUAGAGAGGAGUGCUGUGGGGAAACUAUUCAUAUCAUUGGGGCCAAGGCAACCAAAGGCACAGGAACCAAUUUAAAUAACAAAUUAAAUUUAAAAUUAGCAAUGCUAAAGGUGCGGAAUUAGAGGAGCUCAAGAUAUCUUGGCAUGUUGAGGGAUUGGAAGAGAUUAGAAAUAAGGAGGGGAGACACAGAUUUGGGGGGGAAAAAAAUGUAAAUUUUAAUAUCAAAAUCAUUUGUCUGGGAACCAUGCAAGCUGCUGAGCCUAGUGAUAAGGUAACAUUACUUUGUGGGAGUUGAGACAUGGAUAGCAGAGUCUUGGAUGACCUCAAAUCCAUGAAAAGCUUUGAAAUUCUGAGACUGCACUUUCAAAGGCAGCAUGAACGGUUGCUGGAUGUGGAUUAAUUAUUAUACUGUUAAGUUUUCUCAAUCUAUAGUUUAUUUCAAAAUUAAUUUUCCAUUUUUCUCCAAGUAUGAAGUCCAAUGUGUUAUGCAUGUUAAAACCACUACUUAAAAACAGGUCAUCUGAUCACUGUUUAGCUAUUUGAAUACUUGCUGCACAUACAUUACCUGCUUUUUCUUACACUGUGCCGUGAGAAUUUACUAAACACUUUCUUUAGAGCACAUAAGGACUUCAUGAAUUUAUGAAACAUGUGACAUCAAUGCAAUUCUUAAUUCCUUUUAACACUGCUGAUACUUUGGAAAAUUUGUUCAGUACAAACACUUAGUUUACAUAAUUUGAGUUUGGUUCAAAUAAUGACGACAGCUCUGACAAAAUUAGACCAAGGGAGGUUUAUCGAGUGAUCGAGGCCACCAGCUAAUUUUUUUUCUUGAUACAAGACAAUGUUCUAAUUUGUUUUUCUUUCAUAGUUCAAAAAGGGGUUCAACCCCUAAUUUUGAGCAUCCAAAUUAUGAAAUCUAAUGGCUGGAUUGUGCAAGCAGAGUAAGUUGUUUACACUAGACUGUACCCAUUACAAUUCUGGAAUUAGAAACCCAAAAUGGGGGAUAAACUGAUAAAUUAUGCAGAUUGGAUGGAUGCACGGAUGCAAGAGAUGGUUGAAAUUUGAAACUUUUCCACAAAUGACCAUCAACUAUAGAUCAAUUGUUAAUGUUGCGAUUAGUACAUUUUUGUUAAUCAAGGAUAUUAAGGGCUGUAAAAUUAGAUCACAGAUCAGUGAUAAUUCAAUGGAUGGAAUGGUCUCCAGAGGUAAAAGUAGCCCGAUCAAAUUCCCAGAUUCUGACAUACUCUUAAAUUCAAACUAUGUUGAUGUAACUAUUUUAUCCUGAAUUAGAAUAAUAUAUUUGUAUUGAUAUAUUGCUUUAUCAUUUGUUACAGUGCUUUCAUACAAAAAGAUUGCUUUUGCUUUUGGGAUGCAGUGUUUGUUUUGAGUUGCUUAAUAAUGCAUGUGUAUAAAAAAUACAAGAUGAACUGCCGCUGACUAUGGAUUAUAUUGUAUUGAGAGGCAAAUUUAUCAUAGUCCUGUUGGACCAUGUGGCUGCUCAUUAGAGAGACUGGGAUGGUUUAACUUGAGGGUCAUCACACCUCAGACAAAGAGAGGGUUGAGAAGGAUCGUCCUUCAUGGUAACCUAAGCCAGUACGGGAAUUGAACUCAUUCGACCAUAAGAUAGAUGACCGGAAUUAGGCCAUUUGGUUGCUCUGCCUUUCAGUCAUGGCUUAUGUAUUUCUCAACCCCAUGCUCCUGCCUUCUCCCUGUAAUCCUUGAUCACCUUACCAAUCAAAACCUAUCUAUCAAUUCUUAAAUACACUCAGCUUGACUUUUCCACAGAUUAACCACCCGCUGGUUGAAGAAAUUCUUCAUCAUCUCACUUCUAAAGUGCCACCCUUUAACUCUUAAGGCUGCACCCUCAAGUCCUAUUUUUUUCCGUUGUGACAAUAUGUGCCUUCAAAGGGAUUUGUUCUGCCUUGUUUCUGUUUGAGAGACGGUAUAAACCUAGUGCUGAGGUGUCUGCUCCAUGGAAAGCUGAAGAAAUAACUUUGUGUUUUUUUUAAAUUGGACAAAAGCAUGAGUAGGAGUCAGAAUCUCUCAAACCCAGGGUUUAGUUUUGCUUUCAGUUGUUGAAAUUAGGGGUUUUAGAGUUAAAACUGCUAGGAACAGCUCGGUAUCUGCUCAUGCAAAAAGCUUGAGCUACCUCUGCUGAUGGGUUCAUUCUUUCGAGUUUUCCUUUCUCCUCGACUAGAGCAGAUUGCAUUUGAAAGAAAUUUGUUUUGCUGAAUUUACCUAAACGGAGGGUGUGUAUAUGGGAUGCUGCUAUAUUGGAACGGCUAGUGAGAAGCAGUUAAAAUAUAUGUUAUUUGUUAAAUAUUUUCAUAGCUAAAGUUAUGUCAGUUCUUCUAUUUUUGUAUUAUAUCUGUGGUGUAAGAAUAAAGUAUGUUUUGCUUUUAAAGCCUACUA